CCUACCUUCGGGAAACGCGGGUCGCGGCCCCCUCCUUCUCUCCUUCCUCCAAAAACCCAUCAAAUCCCCAAAAUUUUCUAGGGUUUUUGGGCUUCAGCAAGUCAUCGCCUUCAUCAUCUCCCGAAAGAUUAAAUUUUGUUCAUUUCAGCUUAAAUCAUUGUUUUAGAGUGGAUUCAUGCUGACGGCAUGGAGAACAAUGGGAAAAAAGAGUCAUUAUGUGAAGAUUUCACAACUUCUGCUCUCUGCAAACCAAGGAGGAGGAGGAGGAGGAGGAACGUGUUUAUGCAAGGCGAUACCGGAUUUCCAUUUUGUUGAUGUCCCCAAAGGUGCAUGUAAUUAUGGAGUUCUGAACAGCAACCAUAAUAUCAGGAUGUUUCAUGCCAGUUCGAGUGUUCUGGCACAGAGAAGAAAAGAGGCAGUGCUUGGCUUAAAAACUCCGAAGAAAGAGCGACGUAUAAAAAAAGAAACUAGGACCCAACCCCCUGUUGACGCACCAUAUGUACCUCCAAAACAAAAACUAACUGUGAAGUCCUCUCGUGACAAAAUAGUUGAGAUCUUUGAAGGGAUGACUCUUAGUGAGCUAGCUAAGCGAACAGGUGCUGGCACUGAUGUUCUGCAAGACAUAGUUAUAAAUGUUGGUGAAAAAGUUGAUUCAGAGUUUGACCCCAUCAGUAUUGAUGUUGCAGAACUGGUUGCUAUGGAAGUUGGUGUAAAUGUUAGAAGGCGGCUUUCUGAUGAAGGGGCAGUUCUUCAACCACGGCCAGCUGUUGUCACCGUCAUGGGCCACGUCGACCAUGGCAAAACUUCCCUCUUGGAUGCCCUACGCCAAACAUCCGUUGCCGCCAAAGAAGCCGGCGGUAUCACACAACAUCUAGGCGCCUUCAUCGUAUCGAUGCCAUCUGGUGCUUCAAUCACAUUCCUCGAUACCCCCGGACACGCUGCAUUCAGUGCUAUGCGUGCUAGAGGUGCUGCGAUCACCGACAUCGUUGUUCUUGUAGUCGCAGCUGAUGAUGGUGUCAUGCCACAAACCCUAGAGGCUGUGGCUCAUGCAAAGGCAGCAAAUGUUCCUAUCGUGGUUGCGAUUAAUAAAUGCGAUAAGCCGGCAGCUAACCCUGAAAGGGUCCGGAUCCAGCUCGGUUCAGAGGGAUUAAUGUUGGAGGAUUUGGGUGGUGAUGUGCAGGUUGUUGAAGUCUCUGCUCUUAGCAAAUUCGGGUUGGAUAAGCUGGAAGAGGCUUUACUACUUCAGGCGGAGUUGAUGGACCUGAAAGCAAGAACAGAAGGUCCUGCCCAAGCUUAUGUAGUUGAAGCAAGGGUUGAUAGAGGUCGAGGACCCUUGGCUACUGCAAUAGUAAAGUCGGGGACCUUAGUUUCUGGGAAUUAUGUUGUUGUAGGAGCAGAAUGGGGGAAAAUAAGAGCUCUUAGGGAUAUGGGAGGAAAAGUAGCUGAAUCAGCAAUGCCAUCAAUGCCUGUCGAGAUUGAAGGUUUGAAAGGUCUUCCAAUGGCUGGGGACGAUGUUGUGGUUGUGGAUUCAGAGGAAAGAGCGAAGAUGUUAAGUAGUGGGAGGAAAAAGAAACAGAUGGAAGAUAGGCGUGGGAAGGUUAUUGAGGAGAGAAUUGAGAUUGAAGAUCCUUCAGAAGACGCUCCUGUAAGAGUUGAACUACCUAUUAUAGUCAAAGCUGAUGUUCAAGGCACUGUUCAAGCUGUGACUGAUGCAUUGAGGAGUCUAAAUAGUCCCCAGGUUUUUGUGAACAUUGUCCAUGUUGGUGUUGGGCCCAUAUCUCAGUCUGAUGUAGAUUUGGCCACAGCUUGUGAUGCCUGCAUAGUUGGCUUCAACAUACGUAGUCCAUCAAGUGCAAUUACUCAAGCAGCAACCCAUGCUAACAUUAAGAUAUGUACUCAUCGUGUCAUAUACCAUCUCCUAGAAGAAAUGGGCAACUUCAUCGUCGAAAAGGCACCAGGGACACUCGAGACUCAUGUAGCAGGCGAAGCCGAGGUCCUAAACAUCUUUGAACUGAAGGGGCGGAGUAAAUCAAAAGGCCCAGACAUAAAAAUUGCUGGCUGUAGAAUCAUCGAUGGUCGAUUCACAAAAUCAGCAACCUUGAGACUUUUGAGAAGCGGGGAGGUUGUUUUCGAGGGUUUAUGUGCUUCACUUAAAAGAGAGAAGCAGGAUGUUGAUGCUGUUGGCAAGGGAAAUGAUUGCGGACUUGUUAUUCAAGAUUGCGAAGAUUUCCAGAUUGGGGAUGUUAUCCAGUGCUUGGAGCAGGUCACACGGAAGCCGAAGUUUGUUUCUUCAGAGAGUGGCGCAGUUCGAAUAGUGUGCUGAUAAUUUAAUUAUAUUUUAUUCUUGAAAGCUUAUACGUAGACUAUGAUCUCAUAGAUGCAGUGUAUUCUUAAACUUGAGAAGGAACGUAUGUUCGAGUUCUUGUUUCAUGAGGCAUGACAUAAUCCAGUUUUGCAGAUAGAGGGAAUGAGGGAACAUCUGAAGAUCUGUUGGAAGCAGAUCACUGUAUAAACUAUAACAGGCAUAUAUAUAUAUUUUUUGUAGUCUAUAAAAAGGAAUGUCAAGGUAUGGGCUCUCUACAUGUAAACUUUGGUUUACCGGGUUAGACGAGAA